AUGUCGAAUCUUCACGGCGACAGUCAUGAAACGGGGAAGGUAUUCCCCCGCGACAUUGAGCGCAAGGCAAGCGAUGCCGAAAUCAGUAAUACCACUCCGGACGCCUCGUUGAGAGAGAAGCACAGCACCGCCCAUAUCCAAGGCAUCUACUCAAUCGAUGACGGCGACAAAGCAAAGCUGCGGUCUACCAUUGUACGCAAGUUCGAUGUACGCCUGGUGCCAGCAAUGUUUCUGGCUCACCUUCUAUUCUUCCUGGACAAGGGAAAUAUUGCCCUCGCCCGUAUCAAUGGUCUCGAAGAGGAUCUCAAACUCAAAGGCAACCAAUUCAACUCAUCGUUGGCGAUGUUCUUCAUCCUCAACAUUCUAUUCAACAUCCCUGGAAACCUCGCUGUGCGUCGUGUUGGUGGCGCUGUCUGGCUACCAUCCCUGAUCGUCGCAUGGGGGCUCGUCACAAUCUCUUCAGGCUUCAUACGCAAUUUUGCCGGAUUAUGCAUCACUCGCAUAUUUCUUGGUCUGACCGAGAGCUCUUUCCUUGGGGGUGUUUUGAUAUAUCUUGGCUUCUUCUAUACGGCCGACGAGCUUAUCCUGCGCGUCGGACUAUUUUACUCCAGCACUGCCCUAGCAGGAUUCCUCGGAGGUCUUUUAGCCGGCGGACUUGGCCAGAUCAGAGUCGCACACUACAAUGGAUGGCCUUGGAUCUUCUUCGUCGAAGGAUCUCUAACCGUCAUUCUUGGAACUGCCUUGUUCUUCUUCCUUCCACACACACCGGCCGACGCAAAGUUCUUGUCUCCCGUAGAGAGAGCGCUCGCUGUCAACCGCAUGCAGGCCCAAGAUCGCUGGCACUUCCUGGAACCCCAGCAGUUGGAUGAUCGCGAAUCGCAUGAGAAUGAUUCAGCUAUGGAAGCGACCGUUUCGAAGGACCCUCUUAACUGGGCAACAGUAAAGAGCGCCAUCUUUAACGUUAUCACUCUCACUAUUGCUAUCGGCGCCUUUUUCUCUAUCGAAGCCAUUUACAGUUUCGCCAUGUUCUUCCCGACCAUCAUCGCUGCUAUGGGCUACAAAAGCCUGCAAGCAUCGUUGAUGACGGCUCCGCCCAACUUGCUCGCCCUGAUCUUCACAGUCGGCAUUUGCUUCUGGAGUCAAAGGUCCGGGAAGACAGCCCUUCCUCUGAACGUAUGCAGUGUCAUCGGUGUUUUGGGAUACAUGAUGCUCAUUGUUGGAGCAAAAGUUGGCCCGCCGCCGCUGGACAUGAACGCCAAGGUCCAGUACGCUGGCUCGUUCCUCGUUGCGAUGGCAGUCAAUGGAACACCGCCUCUAGCUCUCACUUGGCUUAGCAUCAACGCAUCGCCACACUACGUGCGAGCCAUUGCUUUGGGGUUUGUGUUGUCAAUUGGAAACACUGCUGCAUUCCUGGCAUCAUUCACUUACAUCAAGACAGAGGCGCCUCAAUACAUCAAGGGGCAUUCAAUCAAUUUUGGAUGCCUGUUUGGUCUCCUUAUCAUCGGUGUUACACUUCCGUUGUACAUGAACUGGGAGAACAAAAAGCGUGAGCGGGGCGAACGAGACUACAGGCUGGAUGAGAGCCGGCAGAAUGGCUUGUCCAAGGAGGAACAUGAGUUUAGACUUGGGUGGAUGCAUCCGGGUUUCCGUUUCAAGGUCUGA